AUGGACCUUUUUAAAGUUGCAGAUUAUUAUCUGAAUAGAAUAUUGAAUCCUCAACUGCGUACAUCUGUUAAUGUGGUGGAACAGUCACGCAUAAAGGUUCUACUAUUGGAUAAGAACACUACACCAAUUAUCUCUAUGAUUGCUACACAAACUGAGCUAUUGAAUAAGGGUAUAUAUAUGGUCGAUACUGUUGAGAAUAUAGAACGUGAUUGUAUGCGGAAUUUGAAUUGUAUAUGUUACUUUAAGCCAACAGAUGAUACUAUAGAGAAUUUGGUAAAGGAAUUGGAGGAUCCAAAAUAUGGGAGCUACCAAUUAUUCUUCAGUAACAUUAUAAGUAAAGCUCAAUUAGAGCGAUUAGCUGAAGCAGAUUCACUUGAGGUGGUGACUAAAGUAGAGGAAAUAUUCUUGGACUUCUAUAUUCUAAGUGAAACCCUUUUUUCGUUUGAUAUUCAGUUGCCAGAAGUCGUUAAUAGUAGCUUAAAUUGGAUCCCAAGGGGGCUGGAUGAGGUUAAGCGUCGCUUAGUUUCAGUUCUUUUAUCUCUGAAAGUGCGGCCCAAUAUAUAUUUUGAGUCCAAUAGUAAUAUGUCUGGAAUACUGGCAAAAGAAGUGCAAAAUGAAAUUGAGAGAAAUGAUAAGACUCUUUUUGACUUUCCAAGGAUGGAUGCUACUCCAAUUCUGCUAAUACUAGAUAGGAACAAUGAUGUUUUGACUCCGAUUUUACAGCCAUGGAGUUAUCAGUCCAUGAUACAUGAGUAUAUUGGAAUGAAAGGAAACAUCGUUGAUUUGUCAGAGGUGCCAGAUAUAGCUGAUGAUUUGAAGCAGGCUGUUCUUUCAAGUAAGCAAGACCAAUUCUACCACGAGACUAUGUAUUUGAAUUUUGGUGAUCUAGGGGACCGUGUUAAGCAGUAUGUUGCGCAAUAUAAGUCAAAAACAAACUCAAGCAGUAAAAUCGAGACAAUCGAAGAUAUAAAACGAUUUAUUGAAAAGUUCCCUGAAUUCAAGAAACUUUCAAGCAAUGUGUCUAAGCACAUGUCUAUAUUGGGUGAGUUGGAUCGUCAGCUGAGUAUGAAGCAAAUUUGGCAAUUGAGUGAGUUGGAACAGAAUUUGUCUGUUCACGAAGAUGAUAGUGAUGACUAUCAAGAAAUGUUAAAGCUACUAAAAUCACCGGAUCUAAUUUCAUACUAUAAAUUAAAAUUGGCAUGCAUUUACUAUUUGAAACACUACGCUCAAACUCAAAAGUUGCAAGCUGUUGAGAAGUUGUUAAGAGAAGAGUGUUCGCCUCAGGAAGUAGCGGUUUUCUACAAAUUCAAAACCACAUAUAGUGGCUCCCCAUUGCAAGGCCGGAAAAGUCAAGAUAAAGAUAUAAUUAGCGGACUAACAAAGAAGUUUAAUAAAAUUGGUCAUAGCGGUCCUGAUAACGUCUUUAUGCAGCAUUCUCCGCGGUUGGAUAGUCUAUUAAAUGACAUUGCAAGGAACACGUUACCAAACGGUCUAUUUACAGGAGUUACUAGGCAGCGUCCUCCAACAGCACCCUUCCAAGACAUAAUUAUAUUUAUGGUUGGUGGUAUUACAAUGGAGGAAGCACGAAUUGUUCAUCAAUUUAAUACAUCAAUGAAAAACAAGAAUGGCGCUGUUAGAAUCGUGAUUGGGGGUAAUAACGUCCUGAAAACGAAAGAUUUCCUCGAGGACUUCAAACGCCUGCACUGCACUUCGGAUAAGAGCACACAACUUGGUGAUCUUCUUUAA